GGGCAAUCUAUUCCCACUUCCUAUAGCAUGACGGAGGAGGCCUCACAGACCGAAUCACGACGUGUCUCUGCUGCCUGUCGUUAUUGCAGGCAUAGCAAGCUGAAAUGCUCCGGCACUCAGCCAUGCGAUCGAUGCCAGAGGAGACGCCGAGAAUGUAUUUACGACGCGCGAGAUGGCCGCAACGCAGAUGAAGAGAGGUUCGGAUCUACGCCGAAGCGAGCGCGUCUCGACGACACAACUCCUCAUCGGCGAAGACAGGAUCAAGUACGGCCUUCUUUAGGAGAAGUCACUGCUCGAAGAACCGGCCUCACACCUCUGACCCCUUCACACGCCUCCGACGACCAUGCUGCCUCUCCACACUUCUUGAAGAACAAACCGAACAAGCGCAAGCGAUGGUGUAAGAUGAGUCCCAGUAUCUAUGCUGAAUACGAGGUUGAGAUUCUUGUAGUGUAUCUAGGGGCUUCUUCUACAUGGUCCUACAACAUCCGGGUGGCUACACUGAUUAGGUCGGCUUUGAAGGACGACCCUACCAACACCAGCGAAGGCUUCACUCUGGACGGUGACGCAUACACGCUCUCCCUGGGAAGAGCUGGCUCAGACAACCGUCUCGACUUGAGUCGGCUGCCCUCGUUGGACUACGCGAUUUACCUCAUCAACACUGUCAAGUUCCAUCUCGGCGGUAUUCUCAGGCUCUUUGAUGAAGAAGAAUUCCUACGUAAUCUCCAUGAGUUUUAUUCGAAGGGCCCUGAAAAGGCAGGAACCCAUCGGUUGUGGUACACACAAUGUCUGCUGUUAUUGGCUCUGGGAAAAGGUUUCUUGAACGUCAGACACUCGCCAGAUAACACCUCGUCCGUCGACUUCUUUCUACGUGCUAUGGCGAUAUUACCAGAUACGAUUGUCUUGCAUGAUGAGCCUGUUUUGGCGGCAGAAGUGCUUGCCACGAUCGCACUAUAUUUUUAUUGCUUGGACAUGAGGCACAGUGCGUACUCUUAUAUAGGCCAAGCAUUACGGCUCGUGUUGGUGGAAGGGUUACAUGCGGAUCUUCCAGUUGAUCAAUUCGGAGAGAGAUUCGCAGAAAGGUGCCGAAAUGUGUGGUGGACUGUCUACAUCUUGGAUCGCACAUUGUCUUCUGCCGUCGGAGCGCCGGUAUCUGUUCAAGAUGAUCACGUUCGUCAGCCACUGGGCUCUCCCAGGAGCUCUUCUCAGAGAGACGCAACACUGAUCAUGCACGUCAAGUUGUGCCGUGUUGUCUCCUACAUUUUGACUGAACUUUAUACCGCCGACGGUAGCCUGGAGCAUUCGUAUCUGAGCAAGGUCCGGUCAGUUUUGAGACGCAUGGCGGAGAUUGCAGAGGAGCUGGAAGACACUAUCGACUUCAAGUUUAAGAGCUCUUUGGAGACUUUGUCCAAAGGUGCAUUGUAUUUGAGGAUGCUUUAUAAUCAGUGUAUCAUCCUUGUAACGAGACCACUCCUGAUCUGCCUGCUUCAAGACAUCCUUGGGUCGAUUUCAAGCGAAGCCCGCACAAGAGUGGAUAUCCCUACUUCAAUUCGUGAUUUGCUGCAAACCUGCGUCGAGUCUGCGACGAAGACAUUGAAAAUGCUUGCUGCAUUGAAUAGUCACAAUCUGCUGGAUACCUUUCUCCCAUUCGACCUGGAGUUUGCAUGCUCGGCUUCGUCGGUAUUAAUCAUGGUAGAUGACGUCCUCCGAGGGACCAAGAUCUCGCCUUCAGCCAAAUCCUUGAUCACCAGAGUCUUGGACGAAAUCACCGCCGGUGGUAACAAAGCAGCUCCUCUGCGAAAACAGGAGCUUCAACAAAUAUCAAACCUGGCUGGUCGCUUGUGGGAAACCAUAGAUUCUCUUGAAAGAACGAAUGCAGUAUCGACCCAAGGUUAUCAGCAAACCGAUCAGCAGCCGAGAUCGAACGGAGACUUGACCUAUCACUUCGAGAACCCGAAUUCUCAAAGCCCUGGCCCAGGUGACGCUAGGCCGACUGUUCCUCUGUUCAAUUCACCACUUCCCAGUGGUGACGGGAACAUUGCUCCGCUAGACGAGUCGGUAAACAAUAUGCCGCCAUUGUCGACGACAUCAUCGGCUGACUUUGCACAAACCUUCGACUUCCCACAAGAACAAAUGCUCUUCCUUGCCGACCAUCUCGACGUGGAUGCUUUGCCAACUUUGCUGGACUUUGGUAAUCAUGGAUUAGAUGAGUGGUUAUGAGGAACCAAAGUCUGCAUCUUGAGAGUCGGAGGGGAGAACAACGAUAUGACACUCAUUUUCUGGCAGUUGCACCAAUCUUGGGGAGAGUGUUGCUUUUACUGCUCAGCUCUCGAUCACGUCCCCCAAUCACUGGGAUUGGAUUGGGACAAUUCCAGUCAGCCGGGAAAUGGCUUACGGCUCCGAAUCCUCGGAUCCGAUGAUCAGCUCGUCAAGUAAGAUAGAAAGGGGCUAUCAUAGGAGACAGCCUUAUCCGUCAGUUCCUUCAUUUCAAGGGAUGCCGAUUUCUAUGCCGAGUCUUGAACGCCUUCCCGUGGGCACCAACAACGUCUUUGUUCAGUCACCGGUGAUUUGGUGUUGCUGUGCUGAUGCGAUUGCGCCAGAUACUCUCUCCGUCCGCAGAAUUUUGUCCCCGACUGUGAUAACAAUUGUACCGUUGGAUCAUGAAAAGUAAAAAU